GUGAGGGAAAAAGGUUGUGAUGUGAGGGAAAAAGGUUAUGAUCUGAGGGCAAAAGGUUAUGAUCUGAGGGAAAAAGGUUAUGAUCUGAGGGUAAAAGGUUAUGAUCUGAAGGCAAAAGGUUAUGAUGAGGGAAAAAGUUGUGAUGUGAGGGCAAAAGGUUGUGAUGUGAGGGAAAAAGGUUAUGAUCUGAGGGCAAAAGGUUAUGAUCUGAGGGAAAAAGGUUAUGAUCUGAGGGUAAAAGGUUAUGAUCUGAAGGCAAAAGGUUAUGAUGAGGGAAAAAGUUGUGAUGUGAGGGCAAAAGGUUGUGAUGUGAGGGAAAAAGGUUAUGAUCUGAGGGCAAAAGGUUAUGAUCUGAGGGCAAAAGGUUAUGAUCUGAGGGCAAAAGGUUAUGAUCUGAAGGCAAAAGGGAAAAGUUGUGAUGUGAGGGAAAAAGGUUGUGAUGUGAGGGAAAAAGGUUAUGAUCUGAGGGCAAAAGGUUAUGAUCUGAGGGAAAAAGGUUAUGAUCUGAAGGCAAAAGGUUAUGAUUUGAAGGCAAAAGGUUGUGAUGAGGGAAAAAGGUUGUGA